AUGAUCCCAGGGGCCAAUUCAUGUUUCCCUAAUGGCCCACAAGGAUUACAAAUUUAUGGUAUGACAGAAGAUGUUGUUCCUUCCACCAUUGAAGCAACCUCGGCCUCAAACUCAAACACUCACUCAGAUUCUCUCCUUUACCACCUCUCAGUUCUCAAAGACAAGCUUCAUCAGCCAACCGCCGAGUCAACGUCAAUAGCCAUAGCUAGUAUGGGAACUAUUGUCCAAGAAAUCAUUGUCACUUCAUCUUCCAUGAUGUUCACUUGCCAACAGAUGGCUCUGGGUGCAACUUCAGCCACCCCCACCAACGAUGAAUUGCACCACCGUGUUAAGCUUCAUCAUGGCCUGUUACCUCAAGAUUCUCAAACGAACUAUGGUGGCAAUAGGGCUGUUCAUGGCGGAGGAGGAGAUAGAGGAGGACAAGGCUUCUUUUCCGGUGAUGGCGAGACGCUUGAUUGGUAUGGUGAAAACUUCAAUACUUGCAAUACAAAUGAUAAUAUUAAUCGUUGCGUUAGCAAUACUGAUGAAGUGGAGAGAAGGGAAUUGGGUGGGAGGAGAGAGAAUAAUGAAGGGCUUUCUUCUCCAAAAAACUAUGAUAUCAUAGAAUUGGAUGCUGCAGAUUUAUUGGCAAAGUACACACAUUAUUGCCAAGUUUGUGGAAAAGGGUUCAAGAGGGACGCUAAUCUGAGGAUGCACAUGAGAGCUCAUGGGGAUGAAUACAAAUCCAGUGCAGCUCUGAGCAACCCAAUGAAGAACAAUGGAAAUUCAAGUGGAAACCCAGAUUUCCCCGGAAAAUUGCCGAGAAAAUAUUCAUGUCCUCAAGAAGGUUGCAGGUGGAACAGAAAGCACGCAAAGUUUCAGCCAUUGAAGUCUAUGAUCUGUGUGAAGAAUCACUACAAGCGGAGCCAUUGCCCGAAGAUGUAUGUCUGCAAGAGAUGCAAUCGGAAACAGUUCUCGGUGCUGUCUGAUUUGAGGACUCAUGAAAAGCACUGUGGUGAUCUGAAAUGGCAGUGUUCAUGUGGAACAACUUUUUCUAGGAAAGAUAAGCUUAUGGGUCAUGUUGCUUUGUUCGUUGGGCACACCCCAGCAGUUAAUUGCAUGAGCAAAGUGGGAAAAGUUGAUCAAGUUGCAGUGCAAUGCAGUUAG